AUGUUUACAGUCAAAACAAGCCUCUUGCUCGGCAUCAGCACCCUCGUGCUGGGUCGCGAAAUUUACGUGUCUCCCACCGGCUCAGGUGAUGGCUCUGCGACCUCUCCUUACGGCUCUAUCCAGUCGGCUGUGAACGCUGCGGCCGCGGGCGACACGAUCUACUUGCGGGCUGGAACUUAUAGCCCAUCGGCCAAUAUCCAGGUCGCCAAGAGCGGCACCAGAACAUCGCCUAUCUCUGUCAAGCCAUACCAAAGUGAAAAGGUUAUCAUUAAUGGAGAGAACAUGCCAGGAACGCCAUAUGGCGUCGGUGAAAGUCUCCCAAACAAGGAACGCGGCAUUUUUCACAUUCAGAAUGCCAACUAUUGGGCUUUCUAUAAUUUGGAGUUGAUCAAUGGGCCUUACGGAAUUUAUGCCCGUGACGCUUCACACAAUUACUACGAGGGACUCUCGACUCACGAUAAUUACGAGACUGGAUUUCAGCUUGAGGGUGCAUCUGCCAACAACACCGUGUUGAAUCUCGACUCAUACCGCAAUCGAGAUCCUCGCAAGAACGGUGAAAGUGCCGACGGCUUUGCUUGCAAAGACGGAACAGGAGAGGGCAAUGUUCUCCGCAAUGCGCGUCUGUGGGAUAACGUUGACGACGGACUGGACCUUUACAUGUUUGGAUCCCCCGUCACCCUUGAAGAGGUAUAUGCCUGGGGAAAUGGCUACAAUCGUUGGGGCUUUUCUCCAUUUGAAGGAGAUGGAAAUGGCUUCAAGUUGGGCAUCACUGGCAACCCCGCGGCCAACCACAUCGUACGCAAUUCCAUCGCCUUCUCGAACUUGAAGAAGGGAUUUAUCGACAACGGAAACCCGGGAUCAAUCACAUUUGAGCGCAACACGGCGUGGAACAACGGCGACACUGGCUACGUCAUGCGAAGCUCCUCUUCCACGAUGAAAGCGAACAUCGCUGCAGUCAACGCCAACAGCCAGGUCAGCCUUGUCAGUUCGGUUUCCUCGUCCGGAAACUCUUGGGAUUCAUCCACUUCAUGGUCCAAUAGCUCAUUUAAGAGUGUUGAUGCUGGUACACUCAAAGGGUCCCGUGGAUCAAAUGGAAAGGUGCAAGGAAGCAAUUUCUUGAUUCCCACAUCUGGCGCCGCAAUCGGGGCUACAACUUUGCAGGAGGUCUAA